UUCGGCCUGCGGCGGCCGGGGUUGAGCCCGUGCGCGCGGCGCCCUCUGACUCGGGGUGGGGAACAGGACUCGCUGUCCCGUCCUCUGGCGGAAGGCCCUCCCACAGCUGUCGCGUGCUCUGGGGGCCCCGGGGUUCCUUCCAAACAGUCCCCGACUGAGUCCCCUCCAGUCGGGGACCCUCCACUCUCCACUAAGGAGGAGUGGACACCUGCCGCUCUGCCUCCCUAAAACGGGGUCGUGCCCUCACACCCACACGGAGGGCAGAGAGCUUCACGAUCCCGUUUCGUCCAGUUUUCCAAUCCAGAACCUUCUGAUCUCCGCUAGGUUCUAAGGGCCCCUGCCUCCUGCCCCGUCCACGCUCAUAGGGAGGCAGCCCCCGACCCCAGACAGCCUGGGUCUGGCUCGGUCCCUGCGGGCUACUUCCAGACCACGCCUUCUCUCUACAACACCCCCGCCCACGACCCUCUGUGUUCUUCCCCUCGCUCCCCUUGUCACCUCUUGGAGCUCUUGCUUAACCCGGAUCCAGUGGGUACCUCCUGCCUCAGGAUGUGAGCCCCUGUAACCUGUAAUGCUGUGGCUGGCCCUUGGCCCCUUCCAUGCCAUGGAGAACCAGGUGCUGGUGAUUCGUAUCAAGAUUCCAAAUAGUGGCGCGGUGGACUGGACAGUGCACUCCGGGCCGCAGUUACUCUUCAGGGAUGUGCUGGAUGUGAUAGGCCAGGUUCUGCCUGAAGCAACAACCACAGCAUUUGAAUAUGAAGAUGAAGAUGGUGACCGAAUUACAGUGAGGAGCGAUGAAGAAAUGAAGGCCAUGCUGUCCUAUUAUUAUUCCACAGUAAUGGAACAGCAAGUAAAUGGACAGUUAAUAGAACCUCUGCAGAUAUUUCCGAGAGCCUGCAAGCCUCCUGGGGAACGGAACAUACAUGGCCUGAAGGUGAAUACCCGGGCUGGACCCUCCCAACACGAUAGCCCAGCAGUCUCCGACUCAAUCCCAAGCAAUAGCUUAAAGAAAUCUUCUGCUGAACUGAAAAAAAUAUUAGCCAAUGGCCAGAUGAAUGAACAAGACAUACGGUAUCGAGACACUCUUGGCCAUGGCAACGGAGGCACAGUCUACAAAGCAUAUCAUGUCCCGAGUGGGAAAAUAUUAGCUGUAAAGGUCAUACUACUAGAUAUUACACUGGAACUUCAGAAGCAAAUUAUGUCUGAAUUGGAAAUUCUUUAUAAGUGUGAUUCAUCAUAUAUCAUAGGGUUUUAUGGUGCAUUUUUCGUAGAAAACAGGAUUUCAAUAUGUACAGAAUUCAUGGAUGGGGGCUCCUUGGAUGUAUAUAGAAAAAUUCCAGAGCAUGUCCUUGGAAGAAUUGCAAUAGCAGUUGUUAAAGGCCUCACCUAUUUGUGGAGUUUAAAGAUUUUACAUAGAGAUGUAAAACCCUCCAAUAUGCUAGUAAACACAAGAGGACAGGUCAAGCUGUGUGAUUUUGGAGUUAGCACUCAGCUGGUGAAUUCUAUAGCCAAGACGUAUGUUGGAACAAACGCUUAUAUGGCGCCCGAAAGAAUUUCAGGGGAGCAGUAUGGAAUCCAUUCCGAUGUCUGGAGUUUGGGGAUCUCUUUUAUGGAGCUUGCUCUUGGGAGGUUUCCAUAUCCUCAGAUUCAGAAAAACCAGGGAUCUUUAAUGCCUCUUCAGCUUCUGCAGUGCAUUGUUGAUGAGGAUUCGCCCGUCCUUCCGGUUGGAGAGUUCUCCGAGCCAUUUGUACAUUUCAUCACUCAGUGCAUGCGUAAACAACCCAAAGAAAGACCAGCACCUGAGGACCUGAUGCUGAGAGCAUGCUCUGGAAUGCGUGAACUGGAGGGGACAUUUGUGACUGUGGUGGGGGCCUGCCUUUCACAAAAAGAGCAGUUUAUCUCCCUAGCACGGUAGCAGCAGCCAGCAAGGCACUGACAUGGUCCGCACAGCCUGGGCCGCAUCAACCGUGAGGCCUGCAGGACUAUCCAAACCAAAGGAAGAAAAUCAGAGAUGGGCCUGGGUGGAAAUACUGAGAGUUACAGACUCAUCACCAGAGACCGCGGGUAAGCACAGCGAGCCCGGCCUGAGUAAACCACACUGCAGGGAGGGGUGGGCCAUGUGCACAGUGGGCGUACGAGCAGUGUUUGACUUUUUAUCUGCCACGGUUACCUUAUAUCCAUAAUACCCCAGUCUUCAAACCAUCAUCUUUGCAGUGUUGGGCCAUGUCAGUCUCAAAGCUAAAGUUUAGACUCUUGAAGCCACAAGAAUCCCGGUGUUACGACUCAUCUAGGUGUUUGGUUGUUUAAUUCUACUUCGUGUGGUUGUUCCUGAGACGGUUAUCAAUUUUUAUGGUCUAAGUGGAAGUAUGCUAAAGCUGGACGAAGAAAUUCCCUUAACGCUCACAUUUUGGGGAGUCCAGAGUUCAUGUAAGCUGAUACACGUGUCUGGCGUGUAUCUGUUAAGGUCCAUAAAUAACCCAUUCAGAAGUCCCAUCAGUGGCAUCCAGAUCAUCUUGGGAGAUCUCAGAGCCAGAUAAACAAUUCAGUUCAGCAGGUAUUAUUAGACCAUGAUGUACAAAAUCCUGUGCCUGACUCAACAGAAGAUACAAGGAAGAGUAAGCCACAUCCAUCCAGUCUUGCAGGAGACACAGCAAGUAUGCAACUUGCUGGAAUAAAGUAACUCAGAACUGCAGAGUUCUCUGGGGGUUCACUGGGGAAAUGGGGAAAGCUACACGGAGAAGGUGGCAUUGGAAAAGGGCCUUUGGAGGAUGGACUGAACUUCAUAGAAAGUUUUCAAGGGGACAUUCCAGGUAAAGGAAGCAGGCUGGGCCAAGCAUGAAUGUAUUAGAGGCUCCAGACUUUUUCAGAGCAGUGUGAGACCUCUAGUGCCUUUUGGAACAGAAAUCCCUUUGACAUUGGCCUCGUGGAGUCCCAAACCCACAACGGGGGAAUUCAGAUAGGCGACGCAUUCACCACCAGCUGGGUGAUCUGUUAAAAAAUUCCACUUCUUAUAGGAGAAACCCUUUCUUCUUAGAGAAGAAACCCUAGUCCAAGUCUGAAAACAUGGACCUGACAUGGAAGCAACACACCGACCCACCCACACCUUUUCUCGUGAGUGGACUCCCAUUCAGGUACAGGGAAGCCCUUCAUCCUUCAGUCCUUCGAGAGCCAUUGCGUGAAUCAGGAGCCAGCAUUAACCCAACAAAGGAGAGCCAGCCACGCAGGUGGCCAAGAACUUCCCACAUGCUGACACCCCCACAUGCACUCUCUCUGCUCCUAAGAACAUGAUUCCGUUGUGAAAGAACCCACUUUUACAGCACGCUGGUACAAAUCACAGGGAAGACCUAGGUCAGUGCCGCCCCAGCUCUGUGAUGUAGGACCCGCAAACUUAGAAAAAAGUUUCCAGGCUGUAGAAGCCCUGUGGAGAUGGAAGCAGAAUGUUCACCAGGCUUCGGAUAACGCGGCAGAGAUGUCUUGGCUUCUGUGGAGUGGGGGACAGCUGCAGCCAUCAGAAAGGAUUGGCGAGGACACGGCACAAAGGGCGAAGGUGAUGAAACAAGGGUGGUGGAGACCUUUUCCCAAAAUGUCAAUAAUCCGAUUGAAGGACACCAAAAGAAAUAAAAAUCAGACCCCUGAAUUCAGAGACAGAUGGCUUGAGAUGAGAGCAUAUUGAGAUGGAGAGGUUCAGAUCUGGCUUUGCUCUUCAAAUUGUUAUGUUUUUGAAUAGAGGGUACGGUGAGAACAUUGUUGGGUAGACCUUUGCUCACGUGAGCCACAGAGAAUUCUUCUGCCCAAUGAGUCUUCUUCCUGUAGGGUUCUCUGGUAGCUGUGGUCCGGCUGUGCUUUAACAGGAAAGCCUCCACACUUCCUUCCCUUGUCAGUAGCUCCCCAUUCCCUCCCAGCUUUUAGUGUCUUCAUGUGCAAAACGGAGAGGAUGCAUGAGAUCACCAGUCCUUGACCUCAGGUCCAUGACUUAAGGAAGUCUGGUAGAGCCCCUGAAAUUACAUCCAACGUCACGUAUGCGUGUGGGGAUUUGCAUUCUUUUCUGAAAAGAGAAAUCCGUGACUGUCAUCAGUUUUUCAAACGGGACCAUGACCCUGAAUGAUUGUUAAGCUCCCUCUCUGCCUUUUCAUUCUGUUAGUUAGUGCAAUGCAGCCAGAACCAGACGAGCAGCUCAGGAGGGAGGCGUUCACUCGGAGGGCGCUGGCCUGGCGCAGUGGAGGGACGGGAAAGACCCUCCCCGUGGCACUCAGGAAGGCUGCCCACCAGCUGGCUGCUGGCCCUUUAACCUACCAGCCUAUCCUGAACAUGGGCCUUGACUCAGGCAGGGAGGGUACGGGCCGUGGGCACCUCCGCAGUUACAGUUUGGGUUCAGAGCACUGUAGAUCCUUCGAUGCAUUUAGAGUAUUUCCAGAAGCUUCCCCUGUCUAAGCUCUAUUUAAUGGAAUCUAUGCAUAGUAAGUAAUCAGGUCAGAAGAAGCAGCAUCCCGGUUUGAGAUCAAUCGCGGGCUAAUACUUUAUCUAGGCCACUUUAUUAUCUCAUGCUGAUCUGAUUCCCAUUCUCCUCCUCCUUUGUGGCAUGCAGUUCGGUUGUGGUAAAAGUACGGAUCACAUACAUAUUAAAAACAUAUACCCAUUCUAUCUGUAUGUAAAUGCGUGAGGCACAGCUGGAUAUUGCAGAGGAGUUUGAUUUACUAAUAGUUAUUAUCUGUUCUAGCUGCUCAGUGGCAGAGAGAAUUUAAAAGAAACAAGCUGGCGCAGAAAUUGUCUUUAUGCUAUUACUAUACUGCUUUAGUAAUUGUUUAAAAACAUGGGUUUUCUCCUCUGGUUCUAAUAAUGCCUGUUAUUUUGUGCAUUUCCUGGUACAUUCCAGAGCAGGGCGUCCUUGUUCAGAAUCUUCUCAGGUUUGGGGGUUUUUUUUUGUUUUGUUUUUUUUUUUCGUUUUUUCCGUUCAUGCUCUAAGAAGAAACACAGAGGGCAGUUUGCAAUUGACAUUUUGCUUAGAAAGCAAGUAAAUCGUGGGACUUGGAAUCUAAAAAGCAGGUG